UUCCAACUGAAAGAUUUUUGGCAUACAUGAAAAAGGGGAAAACCACAGUUCGUCAUGCACGUGGGAUCGUGGUUGGGUGUGCUGGAGCUGGAAAAACAACACUUUUAUACCGACUACUGGGGAAAGGUCUUGACGAAAUUAAGGAAAUAAAAUCUACUAGGGGACUUCAAGUCUACGAACACAUAUUAUCUGUGAAAAAUGGAGAUUUAUCAGCUACGGACGAUGAGUCUUUAAGGAAACCAUUGAUCAGAAUUCCAGUAUCUGAACUUCAACAGAAGGGACCAGACCCACAUGACGACUCAGCAAAUAUUGAAAUGGAGAUAGAAACUGGAAACCGUUCUGGCUUGGAAAACAAAAAGGUUGAUAUGAGUACUGGAUAAGAAUUAUAUGCAACGCAGAACACUGAACCGGUUUCACAGAAAAAUGAAACAGAUGAUCAACAUCCUACAGAAAGUAGAAGAAGAAAAAUGCAUGCCGGAGAAGGUGACAGUAUUGAUCAACAACUGGCAAGGGAUGUAAUAAAAAAAAUAUUGGAUGCCAAAGAAACUGAAAUAAGUGUCAGCAUGAUUGAUUUUGCAGGACAAUUUGCUUAUUAUGCCUGUCAUCAGAUCUACAUGAGAUCAGAAGCAUUCUACAUCCUAGUGUUAGAUAUGAGUAAAGCUUUCGAAAACUUCGUUUGUAGUGAAAAAGAUGAACGUCAGGGCUCCAUCUUCUCUACGUGGACAUACAAAGAUUAUCUUGACUUCUGGCUUGAAUCCAUAAAAUCAUUUAGUGGACCUUCUGCACGAGUUUUUGCGGUGGCUACACAUACAGAAGGCAAGAUGGGAGAGGAAAAAGACUCCUUUUGGGAAACUCUUUGGACGUUAGUACCAGAGGAUGAUAAGACCAGGCUUUAUGACAGGGACAUUGCAUUAGGACUAAUAGAGAUGAAUGAGGAAGCAAGGCUUGCUCUGAAAAGUCUAAAAAAAAGCGAUUGCUGAAGUAGUAUCACAAGGCAUGGAUACAAAGAUAGAAGUUCCCUCAGCUUGGGCUCUUCUUGAACAUCUUCUGCAAAAAACAGAAAAGCAAAUCAUGUCAAUUAGUGACAUCAACAGAGAGAAUAAGAAACUUUCGGAAGAAUACCAGUUGAAAAGUCAAGAAGAAAUAAUUGAUUUUCUGUCCUUUUUCCAUGGACAUGGCAUGUUGCUCUUUUUUAAGGAGGAGGGACUGAGAACACAUGCAGUUCUAAGCAUACAAUGGUUUUCUAACGCAUUCAGUAAACUUAUUGCGGACAAGGAACACAUCAACAGGGACUGCAAACGAAGAUACAUUGCAGAUUGGAACCAUUUUAAUGCCACUGGAAACCUGCCUAAUUCACUGGUAGAAGCUCUGUGGCAAGAAGAGUCAUCAUAUAUAGAACACAAGACACAACUUAUGUCAUACAUGGAGAGAUUACAGAUGUUAGUCACCAUUGAAGGUGAAUCCUGCUGGUAUGUCCCCUGCAUGAAUCAAAAGCCUUUCACACACGACGUCUUUAAACAGACACUAGAGAAAUCGUCCAUUUUGUGUUUUCGAUUCACUUCCUUUGCCAUAUUUGUCUACUACAGGCUUAUUGCAUAUUGCAUGAGUUUCUUGAAGUGGAAAGUGCAGCUGGAUAAGGACAAAAGUCAAUGCCUGUAUCACACAGCAGCCAUUUUCGAAACCGAAAAUCACACAGUUAUCGUUGGUAUAAUCGAUAAAGACAUCCAGGUGCAGGUGCUGCGGAUUAAUGAUCCAAAACUAAAGGUUUCCUGCAAAAUUGGAAAAUCCAUUCAAACCGCCUUAACAGAAUUGACAGCAACAUUCAAUGAGAAGAAAACAUUUCAAAAAGGUUACAAAUGCCUUAAUCUUUUCUGCAGUGAAAAGGAUCAAACGUUUAUUCCUGAAGAUGAACUUUCCGGAAGUCAAUGCAAUUGUCCUAUUGGGAGAGGAAAACAUAAGAUAGAUGUUCAAUGGACUUUGGGAUUUUGGGAAGAUAGAAAUUCCUGUUGUUUCACAAUACCAGUGGCUUCCAGACCAAACUUAGAUGGCCGAACUAGAUUUGCUAAACUUGGAAUGGCAACAAACGAUGUGCUGAAUCAGGCAUAUCGAGACAUCGUAGAGUUAGAAAUCCUCCCUACUGUUUGUUUAACAAAGGUCCAAUCACUACCUACUAUAUUACAGCUGUACCCAGAACAAGAACGUCUCUUGCAAGACGCCAAACAUUCUGGGUAUAAGGAUUUUGAUAUUUCUUUAUCAUAUAAGAUAAUCAGAAACGUUUGUUCAAAGAUUCCGAAACCAACAAAAGGCAGAUGGGGACAAAACAAGAUGCCUGCACCAGGAGAGACAACAGUGGGUGAUGACAUAGAGAGAAUCAGGUUUAUCCGAAACGGUUUAACGGGACACGUGAGCUCAGCCUCCACUUCUCAGACAGAAUUCGAUGACACGUGGUCCUUAAUGGCCGGUAUUUGCCAAAGAUUAGAAGUCUUCACGAAGAAGAAGUACAUGGAUAAUUUAAUGUACAUUCAAAAUCUCAUCUUAAAAGAGAAAGAUGAAGAUGAAAUCUUAGAAAAGCUUAAAAAAGAACAUGAACGUGAAACGUUGGAAACGAUCAAGUCAGAUGUGCAUGAAAUAAGGACAAUAUUGAAGCCUGAAACCCGAGAUUCUGCAGAUUACGAUUGUUAUUCGUGAAUGCUUAAAGUAAGAGAAUGUUCUCAGUUUAUUGUCUUUAGGCUUCCUAAAGAUUCAAUUGUCAAAGCCCAUCAUUGCCAUAUUUAUAAAAAUGACCGGGAUCAACCAAAAAGUGGCAUUUUUAAAAAUAAAAUCCUAUAUUUGGAAUCAAAGAAAGCGAGAUAAUGUCUUAUUUAACUCUUGACAUUUGUGUUAGAAAAUUUAAUUCAGUAAAGAAUUUCUUGCAUAUAUAUUGGAAAGUAAAAUUCGUUCAAGUAUAAUUAUAAACAUUUGCAUUUCAAAACGAUUAUGGUAUUAUUUUUUGGAAUACUUCACACGGCUCAUCUAUGAUCAACCGAAGCCAUUGACAUAAAAACCCACGUCAUUAAAGAAUUCCAAUUUAACUGCUUUUAUGCCAAUUUUGUGCGCUUAAGAUUCAUGUUUUAUUGUUUAUAAUUAUGUAAAAACAGCAUACAUGUAGAUGUAAAUACUUGAAACCUUUGAUAUGGCUAUUUUGUUCUAUUUUGCUUUUUUCAUUUUUACAUAUAAAAUGCAUAUGAUAUAGAAACAAAUAUGGAAGGUUUCAUUUGAAACUGUGAAGAAAACCUUUGAUGUCACAUGAGUGUAAGAUGGCAAACAUAAUGCAUUGCUUUCUGUAUGAAUGAUUUACUGAAGGUUUAUCUAUACACGCAUGAUAAAAAUAAUUUAUAUGUGUGAAUUUGUGUCGUCUGUCUAGAUUGUCUUAUGUGUGAAUGACGCAUAAUUUUAUUUGUAUUACAUGUUUAAAAUCUGCUGUAAAAGAAACGUUGUUAAAUCAAGUUUUACAAGACUGGCAUAUUAGCAUAGAAAAUACACAAAUUUUCAAUCGUGGCUGGUAGAUGGACUAAUACUGACAGAGCUUUAAUAAUAUGUAUUACCUGUAAUAAAAAUACUUUAUGUGAUGAAUUUCAGUACGUAACAUACAUUACAUACGAAACUUAUUAAUAAGUAGUACUGUUAUCAUGUGAAUAUUUCAAGCUUGUAUUUUGUAGAUACAUGUAUGUAAUUUUGCUAUUUUACUUCAUACAUCAUUGAAUGGUCCGAGAGUAAUAAAAAACGAACAAGUAAUCAUUUCUGUGACACUAGUGCUGGCCAUGGAUUCUAGCAGCAUUUUGCAUGGCCCAAAUAUUUUGUAACCUUACAUUUUAGGUCACCUGAGUUUAUUAUUAGGUCACCUGAUUUCACAGGUGACCUAUUGCUAUCUAUUUUCGUCCGUCGUACGUCGGUUAUACUUUUGAACCACUGAACCAAUUUCAAGCAUAUUUAAUGUACAGCAUUUAUGGGUAAAAGAGAACAAAGUUUAUGAAUUUCUUUGUUCUUGUCUCCCAUUGGGCUUGUCUGAUGGGGCUCAAGUCUCCAAAAGUUAAAUAGUCUUUAAAAAUUUCACACACUCCUACACAUAAAGCGGCCAGACUAUUUGCAUUAUUGCAAUAAGCAGUGAACUUUCUAUUAAAAUUGUGAAACUCGUGGCCCCAGUGUCAGGGAUUCUGGUGUAAGGACGGGGCUAUUUAGAUUAUAUAGUAAACGUGCAUUAUUUCUUUGAAAAUCUUCUCUUCUGCUCCUGCAGGGUAUUAAACAAGUCUGAAAAAACUUAAUACUUUUAAAUAUGCUCUUUGGUUUCAAUCAACUAUUUAUGAUGAAAUAAAAUUGAUGAAAAAAUUUCUAAAAUGUUGACAUAUGUAGUCCCAGGUUCAGCGUAUCAUCUUAUCUACCUCUGGGUAUUGAUUUUCCAGAGUACGCAUGCUAAUAGUAUAUGAUUAUGAUAAGCAAAGGUGCUUCUUGGUCUCCGGUUUAAAACAUGAACCAAAUUCAAGUGUUGGAAAGUUGUAACAUGAUACCAAGGUGACCUAUGAGGCCAGUGGGCCUUUUGUUCCUACUUACAGAUUUGAAUUUAUCCCUAGGAAGUGUUGAACUUGGACGUUUUCAUCAAGGCUUAAUUUGUUCCUUAUUUGGAGAGUAUGUAUACGUUUGCAUUGAUUUUAUUUAUGUUUAACCAUUUAGUAUUAUACAUGUAUAUAUUUCAGUGAAAUUCAUUUAUACCUUUAUUUAACUGCUUUAUAUUGAUAAUUCAAUAAACAUGUUAAACCUG